AUGCCACUCCCACGGUACGAAUAUACUGGGCCAAUAGACCACACCAUUGUGCCUGACCGUACACAGGCGCGCGGAAAGUCUGUUGUCAUCACUGGUGGUGCAAAUGGCAUGGGCGAGACAUGUGUUCGUGACUUCGUGGCGGCCGGAGCAUUUGUGACGUUCGGAGAUGUUAAUGACCGAGGCAAAGAGAUUGAGAAAGAGCUCAAUGAUACAAAUGGCAGAGUCGUCUGUACGUUUGUCCAUGUGGACAUACGCGACUGGGACCAACAGAAAGCCAUGUUCGAGACGGCACGCAGUAAAAGUCCCAGCAACAGCGUGGAUAUCGUGAUUGCAAAUGCAGGCAUUAGUCGAAGUUCUGGGGAUAGCCUUUGGAAUCUGGAUGACCCUGAUGGAGAACCUACAAAACCCAACCUCAAUAUCAUCAAGGUCAAUUUGGAAGGUUCGUUGUAUACCUGGAAACUUGCCGUACACUUUUUUCGAAAGCAACCAGAUACGCCGGAGCGCGAUCGAUGUUUCAUUAUCACUGGAAGCAUGGUAGCUUGGAUUGACUCACCGGGCAACUGGGAAUAUACAGCGACCAAGUACGGGCUACGGGGAUUUAUGCGUACAGCGAGGCGCUCAAGUUGGGAACAAGCAAUCAGAAUCAAUUACGUUGCACCGUGUUGGAUCAGAAGCGCCAUACGUACAGCCGAGUACGAGAAAUGGCUCCUGGACAGAGGUGUUGAGUUUGGGGAACAGGAAGAUGUCGCCAAUUGCAUGAUGCGGAUUGCGUGCGAUAAAGGGAUCAAUGGACAUUCGCUCAUGAUAACACCGCGCAGUAUUGCAGAACAAGGUUUCAUGGACGUAGACAGAGAUGACUAUCAGGAUGAUGAAAAGGACGCAUACAUGAAGAAGACCCAGGCUUCGCAGCUGACAAUCAUUCAAGACAAAUGGCUUGAUGACUACAAAGUUAGGAUCUACAAGGAAUAA